GUACACAUGCUGCUGAACUUCAUCCUGAUUUAGAGUCUGCUCAUUAGCAGCACCUUUAUUAAAAAUGUAAAAUAAGACUGAUGGAAGUGGGCCAGGUGUUCCACGUCACCGGGGCUCCGGCACCCGCCCGCGGUCCAGGAGGGACGUACCGCAUCCGGGUAAGGUGUCAAGGGGGUAUACGCCACACUUUGGUGGACACGGGCUGCAUGCAGACCCUGGUUCACCAAAUUCUGGUUUGGCCAGGGCAUUGCUGGAGGCAGAGUGGGUGGAGGUGAAAUGUGUGCACGGGAAUAUUCACAAGUAUCCGGUAGUGUGGCUGCUGUUAAAAUUUAGGGGCAAAACACUUAGAGUAAAGGCGGCGGUCAGUCCGCGCCUGUUGCAUCCCCUAAUUUUGGGCACAAAUUGGCCGGGGUUUCACAGAUUCCUGGGGCAAUACGCGGAGAUGCGAUCGCAACCUUUAAAUUGAUGUAAUGUCUUCGCGGGGCUCAGCAGUGACGCGGGGUUGACCGACACUCACUCUGGGGGGUAGGAGGCGGCGGGGACCUCUACGGAGGCCCAACUGCCUCCCGUUAUGGACCCCACGGAAGAUAUUCCACUAGAGCAGUCUUGGGACGACACCCUACGCUCAGCCUACGACCAGGUGAUAGAUAUUGAUGGUCACUUGGUGUGCCCUGAAGCUGCACGGACUUACCCCCACACAGUCACGACACUUGCACGAAUGAAAUCCCUACCCAGUUGUUGGUGCCUCAAAGCUGCUGGAACAAAACUGCACAGGUUGGGGAGGUUGUCACAGGAAAAUUUGCUCCAGGCCCAGCAGUGUCAGCAAAGUCUGUACAACAGAGGGACUAGGCUCAGGCAAUUUUCACCGGGAGACAAAAUGCUUGUAUUGCUCCCUUCCUCCAGCUCCAAAUUACUUGCCAAGUGGCAAGGGUCCUUUGUGAUCACACGGCGAGUGGGGGAUGUUGACUAUGAGGUAGCAUGGUCGGACAGGGGAGGAGCUACACAGAUUUACCACCUCAACCUCCUUAAAGCAUGGAGAGAGGCUGAAACCGCUGCUCUUCCCACCUCCCUCCAUUGUGAUGACCAUCUCACACAGGCCCAGAGAGCAGAUGUUGCUGCACUGCAACAGUGCUUUGCUGAUGUGUUCUCCCCACUACCCGGCCGUACUUCUCUCAUAGAGCACCAUGUUGAGACGCAGCUUGGUGUGACGGUGCAUUCACGGCCCUACAGGCUCCCUGAGCAUAAAAGGCAAAUUGAUCAGCGGGAAUUGAAUGAGAUGCUGAGGAUGGGAGUAAUAGAAGAGUCGCACAGUGCUUGGUUUAGCCCCAUAGUUCUUGUAAUGAAGAAAGAUGGGUCUAUACGGUUCUGUGUUGACUACCACAAGGUGAAUGAGGUGUCACAAUUUGAUGCGUACCCAAUGCCCCGGGUCGACGAGCUCCUGGACCGGUUAGGCACUGCUCGUUGUUUUACAACGCUGGAUUUGGCCAAGGGCUACUGGCAGAUUCCCUUGUCUGUGGAGUCUAAGGAAAAACAGCCUUCUCCACUCCGUACAGGUUGUACCAAUUUGUCACACUUCGGUUGGCUUUUUCGGAGCCCCCGCCACCUUUCAGCACCUUAUGGACUGGGUGCUGCGGCUGCAUGCUGCAUAUGCUGCCGCCUACCUGGAUGAUGUUAUCAUCUACAGUGACACCUGGGCUGAGCAUGUGCAGCGGGUGUCCGCGGUUCUGGAGUCCAUGAGGCAGGCGGGGCUCACGGCCAACCCGAAGAAGUGUGCAGUUGGAUGAAGGGAGGUACAGCAUUUGGGGUAACACUUGGAGGGCGGGUGGGUGUGUCCACAGGUAGAGUAGACAGCAGCCACUGCAUCCUACCCACGCCCCAAGACCAAAAAGGAGGUGAGACGGUUCCUGGGGUUGGCAGGUUACUACCACCGGUUCAUUCCAGGGUUCGCGGACCUGACCAGCCCCUUGACUGAUCUCACCCGAAAAGGUGCCCCAGAUCUGGUCCAGUGGACGGAGCAGUGCCAGGCAGCAUUUGUGCAGUGACGAGCAAGGAGGGAAGUGAGCAGCAAGCCACCAAGGAGUGUCUGCUUCCUGUGCCUCGGUAGCUGAAACAACAGUGUGUGUGGCUAAUAAAAGGGCUGCUGCC